AUGCAAAACAGCGUCCUCUCGAUCCCCUUUCGAAAGGGUACACAGCUGUCGCUGUCCACCGCGGUGCGACAGUACAUCUCUACCAAAUAUGAUCAACAUCCCGACAUGUUUCGUCAAGACCUCGAGGUCAUAGACUCGUUGCGCCGCGAUGCUGUCAACGUGCGCGAGGCCCACGCCAGCGGCAUCAAGAAACUGCAGGCCUACGCUGCCCAGCUGGUCUGGAUAAGCGGCAAGUUCCCCAUCGAUAUAGGCGCCGAUUUCACCUGGUAUCCUUCGCUGGGCUAUAACACCGAGCGCCCAAUCGUCCUCAACAACCUCAAGUUUGAGCUUGCCAAUGUCUUGUACAACCUCGCCGCUCUAUACUCACAACUCGCCGUCACGAGCAACAGGGCCGACACGGAAGGUCUGAAGAAUGCGGCGAGCUACUUCAACCAAGCUGCCGGAGUGCUCAAGCACGUCAAGGACGAGAUUAUACCCGAGCUCCGCACUGAUCCUCCCGAGGACAUGGACGAGCACACCCUAGAGUCCUUGCUCCAGCUCCAGUUGUCCCAGAGCCAGGAGUGCUACUGGCAAAAGGCCGCGAUGGAUGGCUACAAAGAUGCCUCCAUAGCCAAACUUGCAGCACGGGUCAGUGACCUCUAUAAUUUGGCUGGGGAGGCUGCUAUGCGCUCAGAGGCCAUUAGCAGCAGCUGGAUCCACCACAUGAGUGCUAAGCACCACCACUUUGCUGCCGCUGCUCAGUACCGGGCUGCAUGUGACUGUUUGGAGAAGCGCAAGUACGGAGAAGAAGUUGCGAGAUUGCAAGAUGCAGUUGCUUGUGUGAAUGAGGGCUUGAAAGAGAGCAGAGGCGGCUAUCUCAACAAGGUUGUCGUAAAUGACCUGAAUGGUCUAAAGAGGCGUGUGGAAGAAGAUCUGAAGAGAGCCGAAAAGGACAACGACCUGAUCUACCUUAAUAUGGUACCGGCCAAAUCAGAACUCAAGGUCCUUGAUAGGGCAAAUAUGGCCAUUGCUCGAGUACCCCCACAGGUAUCAGCGCCUAUAGAUCACUUGAGCGAAAAGGGAGAGUUUGGCCCAGCUCUUUUCACAAAACUCGUACCCUACUCGGUACACAUUGCCGUGUCCAUCUACGAGGAGCGCCGGGACCGUCUCGUGAAUCAAAAGAUUAUUGCAGAGCUAGAGGCUUUGAACGAAAGAAUUCAUGAGAUUCUCUCGGAACUGAAUCUUCCCGGCUCAAUACAAGCAUUUGAAAAACCUUUGGGGCUCCCGGGCACUCUGGUUCAGCACGCUGAGGAGAUCAGACAAGCGGAUGCGAUUAGUCGCCUGCAGCGCAGCUUUGUGGAUAUAGACAAGCUGCGAGCAAGCGACUUGAGCAUCUUCGAGGAGGGCAAAGAGCUAUUGGAAGCCGAAGAAGAGGAAGACAAUCGCCUCCGACGACGGCACGGCACUGAGCGAUGGAGUCGUCACGAAAGCCGCGCCGAGCCUAUCCAAGGCGCAAAACUGUGGAAUCAGGUCAAGGAUGCAGGAACCUGGUUCGAGACCAGUGCAAGCAGCGACGCCGUCGUGCGUGAAAAGUUCUAUGCUGUAGAGCCUCUGCUUGCUGUGCUUGCAGGACCUGACCGCGGCAUCAUGGAUUUUGUCCCUUCUUCGAGGCGGACCGAGAUUCCCGAAACCUUGAGACCAGCGAUUGGCCGGCUAAGAAGUUCCUACAAUGAUGUGACACGACUUGAGAGUCGUCGCCGCCGCAAAGCUGAAGCACUCCGAGAAAAAGCCAAGAGUGAUGACAUUAAGACGGAUAUUCUGAGCGAGGCAGCACGACUCGAGCGUAACCAGAGUGUUGCCACCGCUAUUGUUCCAGCACAUUUCGAGGAAUUCUUUGAGAAACGGCUAGAUUCACUCUAUGAGCCAGAAUUGGAACUGGUGCAAAAGGAGGCGACAGAGCAGGAGAAACUACUCUCGGACCUGAUUCGUGUGAAUCGCGAGUUUGAGAGUCAGAAGAAAGUCGUCGGCGACAAGGGCAACCGGGAACGCGAACAGGCCCUGCAGAAGCUCGAAAACGCCUACUACAAGUACAAGGAGCUUGUCAGCAAUGUCGAGGUCGGACGCAAAUUCUACAAUGACCUGAGCCGCAUCGUGGGUAAUUUCCGCGAUGGAGCCAGGAGCUGGGUUACAGAAAGAAGGCGUGAGGCUCGCAUGCUAGAGGAUGAGCUGGCGAUGCCGCCGCUUCAUAACCUCAACCUGAACCAAAACCAGAAUCAAGACCAAGCCAGCCAACAGAGCUAUAAUCCUGCGCAGAACCAAAGUCCUCAGCAACACACCUCAUCGGCUUACUUUAGCCCUCCGCGGCAGCCUCAACAACCAGUCAGGCAAUCCGUUCACAGUCCAGCGGAAGCUCAAAUCCAGAGCUGGGCACCUGCCGCGGAAACUGUCGCGCCUCAACCACAACAGCCAAGAGCUAAUCCAAUGCAAGCCAUGUGGGAUCCGAGCAUGGGUAUCAAGUUCUCGGGAUCGCCAGCAGCCAACGCUGGCGCUGGCAACAAACCUCCACAAACUGGUCCGUGGGACCCAAAGAGCGGGAUUCGCUUUGGUUGA